AACAACACAGCCGGAAAGUGAGCAGCAGACUGCGGCGGCAUCACUGACUCCCAGUACCGGUCCAGUCCUGUCAGUCCGUCACAGAGCUUGCACGUUAACGGGUCCGGUCCCUGGUCGUUAGCCGAGCAGAGCCGAGCAGGCACGAACCAAAUCGAAACAGCCGCACCAGCUCGCACCGUGGGCAUUACUAGCUAACGUUAGCAGGUGAUGAGCAGGGGCCUGCUGCUUCUGCAUGCCCCGCUAAGGUUACCAACAGGGCACGCCGCUUAACACCACCAAGAGACUCCGCUCCGGCCUCUCACCUCCGCUGACAGCACCUCAGAGACCCGGGCUCCGCCGUUUGUUUGGCUCGAGACUUCAUGCUAGCUCUGAGUGAGUUGGACAAACUAGCUAGCUAGCUAACGCUCGGCGUGCAAGUUCACACACAGACACCAGCAGUCAGUUUCACACUUCUCCCAGCCUGUGUGUGUGUGCGAUGGGUUUACUGUCACAGGGGUCUCCGCUGAACUGGGAAGAAACCAAGAAGUAUGCGGACCACAUCAGGAAGCACGGCAUCAUUCAAUUCCUCAACAUCUACAACAAGGUGAAGGAGCGACAGAAGGAUGUGCUGAAAUGGGGCGAUGAGGUUGAGUACAUGUUGGUGGAACUGGACGACAAGGAUGAAAAGGUUCGACUCGUGCUGAACGGCGGAGAUGUUUUGAAAACUCUCCAAGACCAGGGUGAACUGAUAAACCCCAACCACCCCACACUGUGGAGACCAGAGUAUGGCAGCUACAUGAUUGAAGGAACCCCGGGGCAACCGUACGGAGGGACGAUGUCAGAGUUCAACACUGUGGAGGGCAACAUGGGGAAGAGACGACGAGAGGCCUCGUCUGUCCUGAACCAGAAUGAAACCCUCUGCACCCUCACCUCAUUUCCAAGGUUAGGUUGCCCAGGUUUCACCAAACCAGAGCACCGGCCGACCCCUGUUGAAAAGGGGGUGUCCAAGUCACUGUUUUUCCCAGAUGAAGCCAUCAACAGACACCCGAGAUUCAGCACCCUUACCAGAAACAUACGUCACAGAAGAGGAGAGAAAGUUGUGAUUAAUGUGCCAAUCUUCAAAGACAAGUGCACUCCCUCUCCAUUUGUGGAGGAGUUUCCUGAGGACGACGGUGAAGCAGCGAGGGCGGCUCUGCCUGAUCACAUCUACAUGGAUGCCAUGGGCUUUGGCAUGGGCAACUGUUGCCUGCAGGUGACAUUCCAAGCUUGUAGCAUUGAUGAGGCGAGAUACCUUUAUGACCAACUGGCAACAUUCUGCCCCAUAGUGAUGGCGCUGAGUGCAGCCUCACCGUUCUACAGAGGCUUUGUGUCAGAUAAUGAUUGUCGCUGGGGAGUUAUUUCUGCCUCGGUGGACGACAGGACACAAGAGGAACGUGGGCUAAAGCCUUUGAAAAACAACAAAUUCAGGAUCUUCAAGUCGAGAUAUGACUCAAUUGACAGCUACCUGUCCAGCUGUGGUGAGAAGUACAAUGACAUCGAUUUGACGAUAGACGAGGAGAUCUACAAACAGCUGCUGGACGCAGGAAUUGACAAGCUGCUGGCUCAACACAUAGCACACCUCUUCAUCCGAGAUCCGCUCUCCGUCUUUGAGGAGAAAAUCCACCUAGAUGAUGAAAACGAGUCGGAUCACUUUGAGAAUCUCCAGUCAACCAACUGGCAGACGAUGAGGUUCAAACCUCCGCCUCCAAACUCCGAUAUCGGCUGGAGAGUUGAGUUCCGCCCCAUGGAGGUGCAGCUAACCGACUUUGAAAACGCUGCGUACGUGGUCUUUGUCGUCCUGCUCACCAGAGUGAUCCUGUCCUAUAAACUGGACUUUCUGAUACCUCUGUCAAAGGUCGAUGAAAACAUGAAGGUUGCACAGAAGAGAAACGCGGUCCAGGAAGGCAUGUUUUACUUCCGAAAGGACAUCUUCAAAGGCUGCAACCCGGUCCUUGACGGCACAGCCUCGGCUCAGAACGGCUUGGAGACUGAUGGCGGUAAUGAGGAGUACACGCUGAUGAGCAUCGACACCAUCAUCAAUGGAAAGGAGGGCGUAUUCCAAGGGCUCAUCCCGAUCCUUAACUGCUACCUGGAGAAUAUGGAAGUGGAUGUGGACACCAGAUGCACCAUUUUAAAUUAUCUGAAGCUCAUCAAGAAACGUGCCUCAGGCGAACUGAUGACCAUGGCCAAGUGGAUGAGGGAGUUUGUAGCCAAGCACCCGCAGUAUAAGCAGGACAGCGUCAUAACGGACAAGAUAAACUAUGACCUGUUCAAGAGGUGUGACAAGAUUGCAAAAGGCGAAGAGCAGUGCCCGGAGCUCAUUGGAAACCCAGUCAACAGGUUCAAAUGAGAACUGCAGCAGAAAUGCACCGUCAUCAUACAAACUCCCAAGUAAAGAAAGACCAAAUGUGUGGCUCAGAAGGAAAGCGGUCCAAUUUUAAGAGAAUGCAAAACAGCAUGUGUGUGUUGUAAGAAGCACACCUGCAUCAAAUGUAUGUGUAUAUACUGUAUCAGAUUUUUAUGAUUACAGAAUUAUUUUAAUAGGGUUAAGACAUGCAAAAGGUUGUGUAAUAGAAAUCAGAUGUGUAUUUAUUUUUCUCUGGAAAUUAAGCCUAUCUGUGUGGGAAUGUAAAUGUAGCAAAGAGUUGUACAGUAGUCCGCUUUUAAUCUUGUGUUCUGUAAAUACUGUACUUCUGCUCUUUUAAACAUUAACAUGACUUUUUUUUUAUUCCUGAUAUGAACUUUCUUUGCUUUUGGUAGGGAUCUUUUGUUUUCUUCUUUUUCAUUUUAAGAGAUACGUUUGCUUUGAUGACAUUGUAGUGGGACCUUCAAGGUAGUGUUGCAUUCAAGUGGAAAGGGUGAACCAUUAUUUGCAAUGUGAUGCUGCUUUAAAAUAAAUGCACAACAGUAA